AUGAAUGUGGAGUUGCGUGCCUUAGAGGAUAAUAACACUUGGUCCAUUGUUUCCCUCCCUCCUGGGAAGAAACCUAUUGACUGCAAGUGGGUUUACAAAAUUAGAUAUCAAGCUGAUGGGACCAUAGAAAGAUACAAAGCCCGUCUGGUUGCUAAGGGCUACACACAACAAUUUGGCAUCGAUUUUCUUGACACUUUUUCUCCUGUUGCUAAAUUGGUUACUGUCAAGAUUUUGCUUUUACUUGCUGCUAUCCAUGGUUGGCACCUGACUCAAUUGGACGUCACCAACGCCUUUCUACAUGGUGACCUUCACGAAUAA